AUCUCUGCGCAGCAACUGUGCAGAUCGUUACACUCCGUCUCUCGUAUAAAAAGCGUCGCGUAAAAUUUUACUAUACCCGACACGGCAACGAAGGUCCUGCCCUUCGCGUUUUCGGUCUUGUUCUCUAUUAGCGCUCGGGAGGUUGCUGCGACACGAGGUCGAGGUGGAGAGCGAGAGAGAAAAAAAUUCAAUGCCAGCUUGUCGAGCGAUGAUGAUCGGGACUCUAGCUUUUUAGGAUGGACUUGUGCUUCUUCGUUUUCAUUGCAAAUAUUAUUGCAAUAUAAUGUGUACAUUUUGCUUUUGUAAACGAUAUCGAUAUUCUCGGUGACAAAGCACUCUGAUAUCUGAAAUUCUGAUCUAUUAUCCACUGGCUACGUAACCAGUAUCGAAGUUUAUUACUAAGGGAGAUAAAUCAGUUCAACGCUAUCGAGUAGAAAUAUGCACCGUCGUAUGUGAAAUUUCUAUAAUAAAAUGUUUUCGAUAGAUUAGAUUGUGUAAACUUAUCUUAUCGAAAAGAUGUAAAAUUGCGACUUCUUAUGACAUCCGUACUGCAGGAAGAGGACAAGUUGUUAAGGUACAAACAGCAACAUUUGUUAGUUCACACAGUAACUUCCAGUUAAACGGUCUCGUAAUGGGGCCCGAAGUGUUAAAGAAGAGCAAGCAGGCUUCUGACAUAAAAUCUCAUGUCCAAUGGAUCGCAACUUUUGGAGUGUUCCUGCUGAUGUUUGAAGUUGGAAUAAAUAUCGGAUGGGCUUCUCCAAACCUUGCACGAUUCGCCAGCGAAGAUUCACCUAUUCAGAUGACGACGGAUGAAAUAUCAUGGGUGCUAGCUUGUACCGGUAUCGGAGGCUUCUUUGGAUCUAUACUAUUCUCAAUAGGCUUGGAGUUCUUCGGCGGUAGAAAAAUUGUUCUUGUUAUAUUCAUAGCUAUUUCCCUGUCUUGGAUAUUUUUGAUAGUCGCGAAUUCCGUUGUAUGGAUAUACAUCGCUAGGAUAUUAGGCGGAAUUACCUGUGCAGGAUCAUACGCUUCUUUUUCAAUCUACUUAGGCGAAGUUGUGCAACCCGGAAUUCGUGGUACUGUCGUCGCUGUAGCAACCGGAGGCAAUGCUCUAGGAAUUCUUGUUGGAAUUGUCACAGAAACGUACAUUACGGCUAUGAAAGUAUCCUGCCCAAUUUACUUGGUAUUUUGUGUGAUAUCGAUUUUACUUUUUAUAUGGCUCAAGGACUCUCCUUAUUAUUGCGCGAAGAAAGGUGAUUUCAAAAGUGCCAGAAAAUCAAUAGCUUUCUAUUUUCCCGGAUGCGAUGUAGAAGAAGAAUUAAAGCCUAUACAAGCCUUUGUCGAAGCCAAUGCUAAUAACACUUUAAAGGGUAAGCUCAAACAACUCAAGGAACCCGUAGUUAGGAAAUCGUUACUCAUCAUUUUUAUCAUUUUUGGACUGCCACAUGUAAGCGGUCAAGUUAACAUCAUGUCAUAUAUGGAAAUAAUUUUGAAGAACGGAAAAUCUGACCUCAUUAAGCCACAAGAAUUUGUUAUUUACGCGAAUAUUAUCAGUAUUAUAGCGACACUCGCAAGUAUAAGGUUUAGCGACAAAUUCGGCAGAAAAGCAGCUUUGAUAUUCUCAAGUAUUGGUUGUGCGAUUGGAAUGGUUUGCUUGGGAAUACACUUCUUCUUACUAACAGAAAACGUUGAUGCACAGUCCCUACAGUGGCUGCCAAUCUUUUCUAUAGUUUUUUAUUUGAUCACUUAUGCAGUUGGGUAUUCUCCGGUUCCCAGUACUGUGUUGAGUGAACUUUUCCCUGAAAGCAUAAAAAGUCUUGCGGCUUGUUUUGCUGCUUUAGGUGCUUCUUUUUUUGGUACCAUAGUUACAAAAUCUUUCCAACCAGUAGUCGAUACUUUUGGAGAUGCAUACAUAUUCUGGCUUCACGCUGCUUUAUCACUAGUUACAAUACCAUGUGCGUUAUUAUUGUUACCCGAAACGAAAGGUAAAACUUUUCAACAAAUUCAAGAUGAUCUGAUGAAGUAAUAUUUUAUUGUAAACACUUCAUUUGUAAAAAAGAAGAAGCGAUAAAAUUUAGGCUUAUUAUAUAAGUAAAAAUGUAUUUUUUGGAUGUAGUAUAUUCACGUCAAUUAAUGUAAAUGUAUUAAAAAACAUUCACACAAUAUGUAAAAAAAUGUUUUGUGAAAGUUUUAAUAAAUCCAUAUUGUGAUAUUUUUGUAAAA